AUGAAUCAGAUAACAGCCAGGUACAAUUCACACAACAACAUAAAAUAUCCAUAUCCAGCCUCAGGCAUGGAGCAUUACAAAAGGCAGCUGUUGACUACUGGUGACAAACUAUCACAAACAAUCAAAGAUGAACUGAAUGAAAGGGGUAGCCAAAUGAAACAGACCCUUGAAGUUAAGUUCAGGGACGUUUCAGAUCUUGUAAAUGAUAAAGGCACAAAAGGUAUGUGUUUGGAAGCUUUCAGGAAUUGA